AUGAAAUAUCAGUAUUCUACUGUAUUGGAAGAAGCAAAAGUUGAGUUACAUUGGUCUGUGAAUAAUGAUGAUAUUAUAUUUGAACUACAUGCAGCAACAACAGGAUGGAUUGCACUGGGAGUUAAUCUUGGUAAGUUUUCGAUUACAAAAAUCAACAGAGAUGUUCUUUUCGAAUAAACAGUAUACCAAUUAGAUUCAACACGAUCUGCGAUUGUACAAGUUAAACAUUACAACCACUCCAUUUAGUGAAUACAGAACCCUUAUUAUGAACUUUGACUAAAAACAGUUCGGAUCAAAGUGUAGGAUGAAGUACAUAAGAGUCUGCUUAUUGGAUUAUCCUUAAGAUCUGUACUUUAGUUGUGAUAACUAUUAACUUUUCCAUAUUGAAAAUCAAAAUCAUUGAAAUUAAACGCUAUUUUUGACCCAUAGAUUAUUUUUAAAUUGUGUUGCGGCAAUCGGAACGGUAGUGUCAAAAACUCUCAAAAAGUUGAAUUUUUUACUAAAAAAUGCUACACUUGUGAUCACAAAUCGAAUACUUUGUUUUCGUUAGUGAGGGAAGCUUACUGUAUGAGCACAAAAAUAAAAGCAUCUAGAUAUCGUACAAUCACGUUGUAGCGAGAUAUAAAGAUGGAUC